AUGAUUUUAAAUGACCAACAUGAAGUCCAGCAAGGACAGAAAAUAACUAUAAUAGAAACUGAUGACGAUGAUGACGAUGAUGACAAUGAAAACAACGUCUUGGACGACAAAGCUGCGGAGGAACAAGAUGCUGCUUCUACUAAAAUAAGAAGACUGGUGAUAAAUACCGUGACGAAAAAAGCAACGGCAACAACUAGUAAGACGUUGUUCAAAAAUAAAAGGAGAGUUAUUUGGACGGUGGAAGUCGACAUACAUGUGCCGAGCGAAUGGCCCUGGUACUUUCAAGAUCCGAGAAUGACAUUCUUUCAGUAUUUUGAAGAAAUGUCGCCGCUAUUCUGCACCACAGAUAUUCCCUUCGAAGCGAUAGGUCAGCAUAUGCAAGAACAUGUCCAAAAGUACGACCUUUCUAUGGCUCCUAGACGAGUGUUAGUUGGUGGCAUGAAAGGAGAGAAAAUGCUGAUUGCUACGACCCUCCUCAGGUGGUACUUAAACCACGGAAUGGAGGUUACAAAAAAUUAUCAAGUGGUGGAGUAUCAGCAGCAACGGUGCUUUAAGGAAUUUGUGAAAGAAGUGAGCGACGCCAGACGGUUAGAGGAUAGUGAUCCGGAUACCGCCAUCAUCGCUGAAACCAAUAAAGUCAUCGGCAACUCGGGCUAUGGGACUUUGCUCAUGGAUAAGUCCAAACACAGACAGGUGAACUACGUCCAAGGAGAAAACGAAACCUGUUUAAAGGUCAACGAUCCUCGCUUUCGAAAACUGGAAUGUCUGGAACAAGAAGAACAGUACUACGAAGUAGAAUUGGCUAAAAGAAAAAUAAAACUGGAUUUACCUAUUCAGCUCGGAUAUUUCAUACUCCAGUACGCGAAACUUCGUAUGCUAGAAUUUUAUUUUGAUUUCAUGGAUGUAUACGUGGAUAGAAAAGAUUUCCAGUACUGCAAAAUGGAUACCGAUAGUGCUUACAUGGCCAUUUCCAGUUCCAGCCUGGAAGACGUCAUUAAACCAGACAUGUUCGAAAAAUAUAAAUCAGGCUUACAAGGCUUUUGCACGGACACCGACAUCGAUGCAAAGAAACACUGGUUUCCGAGAACAUGUUGCGCGAAGCACGCAAAACACGACAAGCGUAACCCCGGCCUGUUUAAACUCGAAUAUGAGGGCAAGGAAAUGAUAGGUCUGUAUAGCAAGACCUACAUUAUCCGUAAGCAGAAUGAAUACAAGUGCAGCACUAAAGGGGUGAGUAAGAGAGCUUUACAGACUACCAUGACAAAGUUUCGUACUGUCUUAUCCACGGGAAAACCACAUAGUGGAAGAAACCGCGGCUUCAGAGUACGAAACAACGUGGUGUUCACGUACACCCAAGAGAGAAGAGGUUUUUCGUACUUCUACUGCAAGAGAAAGGUAUUGGAUGAUGGUAUUCAUACGGAGCCGUUGGAUAUAACCCUGUGUCCGUUUAAGCAACAAGCGGAAGUAGUUAGCGAUCAAGAUAUGUUCGAAGACUGA